GGACAUCUAUGUGGGUUCCAGUAAAAGUGUCCAAAUGGACCUAUGUGGCUUACAAUGAAUCUGAUAAGAUAUAUUUUACAUUUCCUCUUGCAAAUCAUAGAAAAAUCUACACUCAUGUUUAUUGUCAGAGCACCAUGCUGGAUACAAACAGUUGGAUUUUUGGAUGUGUAAACAGUACUUCCAUGUGCCGGCAAGGGGUUGAUUUGUCAUGGAAAGCUGAACUGCUGCCGACAAUUAAGUCUCUGACGCUAAGACUUCAAGACUACCCAUCUUUGUCUCAUCUAGUUGUUUAUGUACCAUCUAUUCAUGGAAGUAAGUUUGUUGUAGACUGUGAAUUCUUUAAAAAAGAGACAAGAUCCAUACAGCUUCCUGUAACCCAUCUUUUUUCCUUUGGGUUGUCUUCAAGAAAAGUGGUAUUAAAUACAAAUGGCCUAUUUUACAAUAUAGAGCUUCUGAACUUUGGGCAGAUAUAUCAAGCUUUUAAAAUCAACGUGGUGAGCAAGUGCUCAGGAGUCAAAGAAGAAAUAACUAGUAUCUAUAAACUGCAUAUUCCCUGGUCUUAUGAAGAUUCACUAACCAUUGCACAGGUUCCAUCUUCCACAGAAAUUUCUCUGAAACUCCAUAUUGCUCAACCAGAAAAUGAUAGCCACGUAGCCUUAUUAAAAAUGUACACAUCAUCAGACUGUCAUUAUGAGGUGACAGUUAAGACUUCCUUUCCACAAAUACUUGGACAGGUAGUUAGAUUUCAUGGUGGAGCUCUUCCGGCCUACAUUACAUCUAGUAUCCUUCUUGCUUAUGGGGGGCAAUUAUACUCUCUUUUCUCAAUAGGUCAUUGCUUAGAAUAUGCUGUUAUGUUGGAUAAAGAAGCCAAACCUUACAAAGUUGAUCCUUUUGUAAUUAUGAUUAAGUUUCUGUUGGGGUAUAAAUGGUUUAAAGAAUUAUGGGAUGUAUUAUUGUUACCAGAAUUAGAUGCCAUCUAUUUAACUAGUCAGAGUAUGUGUUUCCCCCUUGUGUCCUUGAUUCUUUUUCUCUUUGGAACAUGUACUGCCUACUGGAGUGGCCUACUCUCUUCUACAUCUGUGAGGCUGCUUUCUUCAUUGUGGCUAGCUUUGAAAAGACCAUCUGAACUUCCUAAAGAUAUCAAGAUUAUAUCGCCGGAUUUGCCCUUUUUGACAGUAGUUUUGGUCAUAGUUAGUUGGGCAACUUGUGGAGCAUUUGCCAUACUUCUUACUUAUCUUUACUAUGUGUUUAAGAUUGUUCAUCUCCAAGCCAGCAUAACAAUUUUUAAAAAUAGCCAGACUGUGAACCCCAAACACACUAGAAGAAGUGAAAAGAAAUCCAGUCACCAUAAGGACUCUACAGUACACCAUCUUCGUUUGUCAGCUAGUGAUGCUGAAGACAGUCUUCGCAUGCACGAUACUGUAAUUAACUUAUUAACCUGGAUAGUAUUACUCAGUAUGCCAUCUUUAAUUUAUUGGUUAAAGAAUCUUAGGUAUUAUGUUAAACUUAAUCCUGAUCCGUGUAAACCUUUGGCAUUUAUUCUUAUUCCAACUAUGGCAAUUCUUGGAAAUACUUACACUGUUUCAAUAAAAUCAAGUAAACUGUUGAAGACUGCUUCACAGUUUCCACUUCCUCUUGCUGUUGGUGUGAUCGCUUUUGGGUCAGCUCACUUAUACAGGGUUCCAUGCUUUGUCAUCAUUCCUCUUUUACUCCAUGCAUUAUGCAACUUUAUGUAAGAUUGUAUUUAAAGAACAAUAAAGAUGAUUUAUGCUUUUAAGGCCAGUUAUAAGAAGGGAAUGCACAGAUCCAUCAACAUGGACAUCAAGAUCCUUUGGAGAAGACGAGUCUAUUUUUACAGUAUUGAAAAUAGGAAAUUAGUUUUGUAAUGCUUGACGGAAGUAGUUGAAGCAUGGUUGUUAUUUUUCAUUUUUUAUUUUUUGUGGUGUGGUAUCUGUGUACUAACCAGUUUUGGGAAAAUUACUAAAGGGAUAUUGGUAGUUGACAUCUUUGAGGACUAUUGGGGAUAUCAGCUAGCCUG